CAGACAUGGUUAAAUUUAAGAAGUUUCGGCUUAUUAUUCGGUGGAAUGGUCGGGUGACAAACUUGAACAUUGGCAUCGACUAUGAAAAUGGCAAAUCCACUAUGCUAAAAAUUGAGUCGAGAUUCUCGUGGCAAGAACUUCAUGACAUUUGUGCAGAAAGGACUUGUACGGGCGGGCAAAUGAGAGUUGGUCAAAUUGCCUACCGCUAUCCAAACAUGAGUGCUGGCGGAGUUGUGUACGAAAAAGUUGUCAUAAACGAUGAUGACUCGGUGAACAUGAUGAUACAGUUCCUAUCUGACAAUGGGUUGCGGCUUGCAGAGGUGUAUGUCGAGACCGAGCCAGUCGGUGAAACUCAUUCUCACCAGUAUUCUUGUGAUGAUGGUUUUGCAGGAGGGUAUGGCUGGGGUGGUAGUUCAAGUAACUACGAAGGAGGUAACUACGAAGGAGGUACUUCUGCAGGAGGGUAUGGCUGGGGUGGUACUUCAAGCAACUACGGAGGAGGUAGUUAUGAAGGAGGUGGUGGUUGGGAAGAAUACGUGCAACCAACUGAGACGGCCGUCAAUAUCGUUCAGCCCGACGGUGAUCAAUGGCCUGCUUGGGGUCCAGAGUGGGCUGACAUUGGGAACAACCUUCGAUCUGGGCGUUCUUCGCAUGACCAACAAGACGAUGUUGGUUAUGCUGGCAACGAUGACCAUCCUGAGUCGAGCUAUCCAUUCGCCUUUAGUGACGAUGAAAGUGAGGAAGAUUUGAGAUCAGUCAGUGAGGAGGAAGAUACGGACGAGAUAGACGAUAUCGAUGACAAAGAGGUGGCGUUCCGUCAGGCACCAACACCUUACUACACAGAGGUUCCUGAUCAAUUUUUAUAUGGUCAGAACGAUGCCCCUGACUAUAGGCCCAUGCCUGUGUAUAAUCCGACUUCUCCUUUGGAAGUGGGUAUGGCGUUCACUUCGAAAGCCGAUGUGCAAGAUGCUUUUAGCGAAGAAGCCAUGCGCCGUAACUUCGAAUGGAAGGUAAAAUAUUCUGACACCAAACAAUUGCAUGUCAUUUGUAAGAAUGCUGGACAGGGUUGUGAGUGGCAACUUCGGGCUGCAUAUAUGAAGAGAAAGGGCGUAUGGGUCAUGCGAACAGUAGAGAACAACCACAGAUGCUCCUCAACCAUACUUUCACAGGAUCACCGGCAACUGAAAGCAAAAAAGGUGGCGAGAACCAUUAAGCACCUAAUCGAGGCACAACCGGAUAUCAAGAUAAAAGCUAUUAUGGCCGAGGUGAAGGAUCGACAUUCCUACACCAUAAGGUAUAAGAAGGCGUGGCAUGGGAAGCAGAAGGCCAUGGCUGAGGUCUACGGUGAUUGGGAUGACUCGUAUGCUUUACUCCCUCGACUAAUGUCCGCAAUGGAGGAGUCCAACCCUGGGACGGUAUUCGUGCCGUGGUACAACAACGUGCAAACUGAAGAUCAAGUUCAUGUACAGAACGAGUUGAUGUUUCAUCGUCUGUUCUAGACAUUCAAACCAUGCAUUGACGGGUUUCCCUUCUGCAUGCCAGUGAUUCAGGUAUAUUACGGACUCAAAAUAUUGUACUAGUUCAUUACCUUACUAACUAAAAUUUUUAGUAACUAAUUAUUCAUUUUUAACAGGUUGAUGGAACUUUCCUUACUGGGAAGUAUAAAGGAACUCUUCUCAUUGCAACUGGGGUUGAUGGAAAUUUAAGUAUUUUCCCCUUAGCAUUUGCAUUAGUUGAAGGGGAGAACAACUUAAGUUGGGCAUGGUUCUUUGACCAGCUACACGCCCACGUCACACAAAGAAUGGGUAUUACAAUUAUAUCGGAUCGACAUGCCGGGAUUAAACACGCCGUCAAUGGUUUUCCCGACGAAUGGGGAUGGACAUGGCGCUGGUGUAUUCGUCACUUCCUUGCCAAUUUCCAACACAAAUUUGGCAAGAAGAAAGACAUAAGAGAUCU